AUGGCUCCCAAGAAAGACGAGCUGCCGGCCUUUUCCCUCGGCGACUAUGCCAAGUUCUUCGCCGCCGGUGCCCUGGCCGCCACGUCCACCCAUGGGGCCGCGACGCCCAUCGACGUCGUCAAGACGCGCAUCCAGGUCGACGACUCGAUGAAGGGGCUCAACAUGCUCCGCGCCGGCCGCGCCAUCGUCGCCAAGGAAGGUGCCUCGGCCCUGCUUACCGGUUUUGGCCCAACAGCUGUUGGUUACCUUGUCCAGGGCGGGAGCAAGUUCGCCGGCUACGAGUUCUUCAAGAAAAAGUACAUCUCCAUGCUUGGCGGCCCCGCCGAGGCCGUCAACAAGCGCACCGCCGUCUACCUGUCGGCCAGUGCCACGGCCGAGUUCUUUGCCGACAUCCUGCUGUGCCCGCUCGAGGCGACGCGCAUCCGCCUCGUCUCGCAGCGUGGCUACGCCUCGGGCCUCAGCACCGGCUUUAUGCGCAUGGCCCGAGAGGAGGGCUUGCGCGGAUUCUACUCGGGCUUCGUCCCUCUGCUCUUCAAGCAGGUGCCCUUUGCCGUCGGCCAGUUCUCGGUCCACGAGGCCGCCAACGAGGUCAUCUACCGCGCCAUGGGGCCCGAGCGCAAGGCCCGCCUCACGUCGCUCGAGUCGACAGCCGUUGAGCUGACGUCGGGCCUCGCCGCCGGUGCCGCCGCCGCCGUGCUCUCCCACCCGGCCGACACGCUGCUGUCGGCCAUCAACAAGGGCGCCGGCGACAGCAAGCAGGGCGCCACCAGCCGCAUGUUCCAGCUCGCCCGCGAAUUUGGCCCCCGCCGUCUGCUCCUGUCCGGCCUGGGCCCGCGUCUGGUCAUGACGUGUGCCCUGGUGUCGGGCCAGUUUGUCAUCUAUGCGCGCUGCAAGGAACUCACGGGAGCCCCGCCGGGCAUCGAGAUUCACAAGGAAGAGUCGCUGUGA